AGAAUAAAGAGUGGCUCCCCAGCCUGCCCUACGACGCCGAGUUCAUCUUCCUCUUCUCCCUCUUUCUACCAAGUUGAAAUUUCUCUUCAGUCAUUGUUUUUCAUCUUACUUUUCUCACGAAAAAGCUUGAACUGAACUGCUUGCUAUAUUAACCCUCGAAUGCCCCCUUCAGUUUCUGCUUUGUCCAGAUCCUUCUUCAUCCAAGUCCUCGAUUCCAGCUCUACGCUACUGUACCACCAAAACCAUAGGCCUUACAGCCUUCGCUUCACAGCGCCUGCAACCCGCUAGGACUCCCCACUAGCCGUUAGCGCCCAGUCACUGGCAGCUUCUGAGCACCGACUCACUGCUGACUCAUUUGCACACAAGGGCAAAAAAAGUGGUCACACACCACUGCUGGAACCAGUCACAGCUGCCCAUUCCCUCACAGCCGCAGCGCUGCCUAAAUUUUGGACUUUGCCGCCACUCCGCAAUCGCGUUUCAUUACGCCCAUCCUUUUUUCAUCCAUUCCCAUCUACCACCAAUUCGCCCAGCGCAGUCCGCUAUCAUCUACAUAAAUCGCAUCGCUAGGCCCUCUGCGCCUCCGCCUGGAUUUUAAUUCCUCCUCCUUCAUCGCCGUUUUCGAACACCACCCCCCUUUCGAGCAACGACUACACCCCUCGACACAUCUCAGCCAUGGCUUCUCCUCAAUCCAACAACGACUUCGAUGCCUCGGGCGAAAGCAAGCAGCUCGAGCAGAUCACUUUCCGCUUCUGCUCGGAAUGCUCCAACAUGCUUUACCCCAAGGAAGACGAGGAGGCGCACAAGCUGCAGUACACCUGCAGAACGUGCCAAUACACAGAAGAGGCCACUACUAGUUGCGUCUUCCGCAACAUUCUGAACAACACCUCGGGAGAGACCGCCGGUGUCACCCAGGAUGUUGGAUCCGACCCUACGGUUAGUCAAGCCAUGCCUAGCAUUUGUCUUUCGUGUGGAACAUUCAUUGCAUGCCGAGUGUGUGGCUCGGCAUGCUCGCCUCUGGGCUGUGUCGCCGAACGUAACGGUAAGGCUAGUGCGUUUGGUGUCGCCCCGACUAUUGCGGAUUUUACCUACGACUCUCCGGAUAUGCCGUCACCCAUGACAGAGGGCGAAUUCUUUGCGCGCUUCGACUCGAGCUCGUUCCAACUCGCCUGUGCCAUCGACAUGGUCGACGGGUGGUGCUCCGCCAGCAGUGACAGCGAUGUUGAAUCAUUUACGCAAGAGCUGCUAUCAUCACUAUCCGAAGCCAGCGACGACGACGAUGACGAAAUGUUCUUAUAAUAACCCCGAUGCACAUACCGACCAACGACAUAGCGAUUGCCUGUAUAUGGCUUUGCACAGCAAACCUCGGCCAGCCCACAACUGGCAUAACGACACUGAUGUUGCAUUUUACUGGCAUUAUUUGUUCUUGACUUGUCUAUUUCUACCCGUUGCCUCAUCACCACCACCACCAAUUCUGGAAAUUGUGGCUGACAUUGUAUUUUUACCACUACUACAGCUUCCCCGUUCCAACAAGACUUGCCCGAAGUGCAAUCACGAGGAAGCCGUCUUCUUUCAGUCUCAAGAGCGCAGUGCCGAGACUGGUAUGAAACUUUUCUACGUUUGCUGCGAGUGCGGUCACAUUUUCACAUAAAAGGGAGUACAAAAAGGAGCGUGUUACCAUGUUUAAUAUUUCUUUCAUCAUGACGGGGAGUUAAAAAGAAGACAAAAUCUCUUGUUUGACCCAGUUGUCAGGAACUCCUGGUGUUCGGCAGGGAGUAUUAGGGUGUAUUGUUUUACAGCAUCGGUUGGCUUGGAGUUUUAUGGCCGCGUGGCCUCUGCUUUUCUGUUUCUACUAUAAAUUUCUCUUUGCCUAUGGAGUUUUAGGUUUAUACACAGCGCCAGUGAUGCUACUAUUAUGCACACUCGGAAUCUUGCACUCAGUACAAUUUUACAAACAAAAAGACAGUUCUUCAAAUAGAUUCUCCUGUGAAUACUCGUAGCUUCUUUCCAAGAAGAUUUCAAUUUAACUUCUCGCUUGAAAUAACCGAAACGUAGUCAUGAUAUGUAAUGUAGAGGAGCUUUGCAUUAUUCGCUAGUAUACCAGCUCUAUCAUAUAUAAAACGCCGCGCAAAAUAUGCCAUGUUGAAACACCCAUAAUGUACAUUUAAAUCCACAUUCUUACACAACACCCUUCUCACCGAUGGACACCACGCAGAACCUUACGCCUGCAUGGGGGCCAUGGACAAGAUCUUGCUCCAUUUCUUUCUCUUGAGUUCGGCACCGACCACACCCGAGAUUCGCGAGCCGACGGGGUCACCGGCUUUGUUGAGCAAUACGCACGCGUUGUCGUCGAAGCGGACAACUGAGCCGUCGCGGCGCUGGGUAGGGUACUUGGUGCGGACAACGACGGCGUGGCGGAUAUCACCACGCUUGACCUUGGCAGCGUUGGAGACGCCAGCCAUACCUCCGGAGGAUGAGGCGCGCUGUUCCUGAACAACCACAACGAUUCGGUCAC